UUUUAUCUCAAGUCAGUCAUCCGUCUGCUCUCAUAAAACUCACUGAAACACAUAAAACAUAAUAUUAACAUCAACACACAAACAGAGCAUAAAUAAAUAAAACGAUUUAAAUCAAGUCUUCGCUCUACCCUGCUUGCCUGUCGAAUGACUAAACCUACAAAUCUGUGCACGAGGAAAUCUUGAUUUCCGCACCAUUGGACAUAUAUCACCUUCAAAAACCUGUAUAACCAGUUUAUUCAUUCACACAACGAAAAUAAAUACAUUUAACGUCUUGAAGUAUGUAAAAUCGGUAAAUUAACGUUUCUUUACAUGUGUAUAUAGGGUUAGGAAUAUAUUAUGAGGUGGCAUGGGGAAAAAAGACUUCUGUUGUGCAAAUGGAUGCAGUCAUGACCGUUCGAGGGGUGCUACAUGUACAUUCUACAAUAUUCCUACUGACAAGUAACUAAGAUCUGCAUGGCUCACAAAGAUAGCGCGUAUAGUGCAAGUGACACAAAAUGGAAAAACUGUUACAAAGCCUUGGGUCACAAGCAAAUCGUCAAAACUUUGCGGGUGCCAUUUUGAGAACCCCCCACCCACCAAAUGUCGAAAGAAGUGGUUUGUGGUUCCAAAUAUCUUCUCACACAGGAAAACCUCUAAAGCCCAAGAGAUUACCGCCAAGAGAAAGACAUGUAGAAACAGUAUUUACUCAGCCCUCAAAUUUAAUUUCCAAGCCAUCUAGUAUCCCAGCCUGCAGUGAUGUAAGUGAUCCCAUAGAAACUGAGAUAGUCAUCUUGGAGAGGGAUGUCUGUACGGAAAAUGUUGAAGAAAGAGGCUCUAAGUUGCCUUACAACGACCAUUACUAUCUGCAAACACAUGUUGAUGAAGGUGCACAGACACUCCUCGAUCAACACCCUGAUCUGAAAUUGUAUAUGUCACGAAGUCAGAAACAUGAACAAGAGUCGAUUGAACUUCAGAAAUUGAAUACAAAGGGACAAAUACUAAAGUUUGACUAUGUAAGUCGUGAUGAAAAGUUAUUUUCAUAUUACACUGGCCUGAAAGUAAAUGUCUUCAUGGCACUGUUCAAUUAUCUCAAGCCAAAAGCAUCAUACAUGAAAUACCCCUAUGGCGCCAGAACUGUGCUUUUUAAUCACCAUGCAAGUGAUGAAAAUAGGUACAAAAAGAAACCUGAAAAAGUUAGAUCAACUACUUUUAGAAAAGAGGAAAUGUUCUUCACUCUGGUUAAAUUACGAUUGGGACUUCAAACUGCUGACUGUGCUAUCAGAUUUGGUGUAGCGACUUCUACAUUUAGCUCAAUAUUUACAGCAUGGGUGACCCUUUUGUCUCAAGAGUUGGAAUUAAUAUGUAAGAUGCCAGACACCACAGAAUUGUACAACAAUGAACAGGCCAGUUGCUUUGAGGAGUUUCCAAAUGUCAGAGUUAUUAUAGAUUGCACUGAGCUGUUUGCAGAAACCCCAAGUGCGUUAAGUGCCCACAAACAAUUCCAUUCAAAUUAUAAACAUCAUUCUACAGUGAAGUUCUUAGUGGGGAUGAACUCUGGUGGAGCCAUUACAUAUAUCUCAGAUAUGUAUGGAGGAAGAGCCAGUGAUAAAUUCAUAACAAAUGAAUCACAUGAUCUCCUCAACAGUCUAAACCCAGGAGAGAAGGUCAUGGCAGACCGCGGGUUAACGAUUGCAAAAGAUCUUCCUGUUGGAGUAAAGCUGAUCAUUCCCUCUUUCAAGCACAAAGACAAGUCCCAGUUUUCAAAAACCGAGCUCAAGAACAAUAAAAAUAUAUCUGAAGCUCGUGUACACAUUGAAAGAGCAAUUAGAAGAAUCAAGCAAUUUCAGAUCUUGAAGCAAGAGAUGAAGCUUACUCAAAUAGAUAUUUACUGUAAUAUUUUUAAGGCAUGUGCAUAUCUGGUGAACUUUCAAGACCCCUUCUUAAAAGUUGAAUGAUGUUUCAGAUCAAAGGCAUGACGGAGCAUCAAAUAUAAUCUGGUGCUUAACAUGCACAUAAAUGCAGUGAAUUACAUGUGCUAAACAUUUAUGUGGUAACAUAGGUAAAUGUGCAGUUUUAUAAAGAUUUAUGUUCCCUUACAUGUACAUGUAUAUAAAUAUAGAUAUAUGUUGAAAACUAGCAUACUGUACCUAAUGUAUUGAUUUACAUCGAUAUAGUGCUCAUAUAUAAAGCAGGGCCUUUCUAUGUAAAUAGUUGCCAUGUUCAUAUAUGCUUGUUUUGAUUUUGAAUCAUGAACUCUAUAUAAAUUAUUUAACAAUAGUGACUGUGUUAAUAUAUUAAGUCUUUCUAGAUGAUAGGUGCUGUUCGUUUUGUGAUAUGGAUUCGUGAUGUGCUUUCUUGUGAUUAUGUGCUCAAAUCAAAUAGAAUUUCUAUUAGAAAUGUUGUUCAUAUAUGUUUGCUUAAAUAAUAGCUUGAAUUUCUGUUGGAAAUGUUGUUAAUAUAUGUUUGCUUAAAUAAAAUCUAUGUUCGCUAGAAACAAGAGAUUGCUUGGUGAAGUUUAAUACUUUUAUGUAUACAGAAAUUCUGUCUUGUACAGAAAUUCGAUCUUCACUUAUUACUACAUUACUAUUUAUCAAUAAAUGCUGCAUAUUUCAUAUAUCAUCAUUGCAACAUGGUUAUGU